CAGAAGCUGGAGAAGGAGAAGAGCGAGUUCAAGAUGGAAGUCCGACGACCUCAGCAGUAACGUGGAGCAGAUCACAAAGUCCAAGAUUAAUUUUGAGAGGUUAUCCAAGUCUUUGGAAGAUCAGAUUUCUGAUUUGAAGUCAAUUAACGAGGAAAAGCUCCAUUCCGUGAAUGAACUUACUACUCAAAAAGCCAGAAUGCAGACAGAAGUUGGCGAAUUAUCUCGUAAGCUGGAAGAAAAGGAGACUCUGACUGGGCAGCUCUCCAGAGUAAAACAGUGCAACAGCCAACAAAUUGAGGACUUGAAGAGACAACUCGAGGAUGAAGUGAAGGCCAAGAACGCCCUGGCCCACGCCGUGCAGUCGGCAAGGCACGACUGCGACCUCCUCCGCGAGCAGUUCGACGAGGAACAGGAGGCCAAGGGCGAGUUGCAGAGGGCCAUGUCCAAGGCCAACGCCGAGGUGGCCCAGUGGAGGACCAAGUACGAGACCGACGCCAUCCAGAAGACCGAGGAGCUGGAGGAAGCCAAGAAGAAGAUUGCAGUCCGUCUCCAGGAGGCAGAAGAGCACAUUGAAACGGCCAACGCGAAGUGUGCUUCUCUUGAGAAGACCAAGCAGCGUCUGCAAGCGGAGAUCGAAGACCUCACGACUGACAUGGAGCGAGCACGCUCAGCUGCGACAGCUCUCGACAAGAAACAGAAAUCCUUUGACAAGGUUAUGUCCGAGUGGAAACAUAAGUGCGAGGAAAGCCAGGCUGAGCUCGAGGGGUCCCAGAAGGAAGCACGCUCGCUCAGCACGGAGCUGUUUAAGAUUAAGAACGCGUACGAGGAGGCGCUGGAUCAACUUGAGACAGUCAAGCGAGAGAACAAGAACCUCCAGGAAGAGAUUUUUGACUUAACCGAACAACUCGGAGAGAGUGGUAAGAAUGUACACGAGCUGGACAAGUACAGGAAGCAGCUCGAGCAAGACCAGGCGGGCCUGCAGGCCUCUCUCGAGGAAGCGGAGGCUUCUCUGGAGCACGAGGGAGGCAAGAUUCUCCGGGUGCAGCUCGAGUUGAACCAGGUGAAGGCAGAGGUCGACCGCAAGAUCGCCGAGAAGGACGAGGAAAUCGACCAGAUCAAGAGGGGCUUCCAGCGCACCGUGGAGUCCAUGCAGGCGACGCUCGACUCAGAGACCAAGAGCAGGAACGAGGCCCUCAGGCUGAAGAAGAAGAUGGAGGGAGACCUCAACGAGAUGGAAAUCCAGCUCAACCACGCCAACAGGCAGGCGGCCGAGUCUCAGAAGCACCUGCGCAACGCGCAGAACCAAAUGAAGGAUCUUCAGGUGCAUUUGGACGAGGCGCUGCACGGCAACGAGGACUUGACGGAGCAGAACGCGAUGAUGCGUCGCCGCAGCGACCUCCUGCAGGCCGAGAUCGAGGAGACGCGGAGCGCCCUUGAGCAGACGGAGAAGUCCAGGAGGGUGUCAGAGCAAGAGCUGCUUGCCACCACCGAGCGAGUGCAGCUGCUGCAUUCACAGAAUAUGUGUUUGAUAAAUUCGAAGAAAAAACUAGAAAGCGACCUUUUCCAACUUCAGUCUGAGGCUGAGGAAGCGCUCCUGGAGUCGAGAAGCUCGGAGGAGAAGGCCAAGAAGGCCAUCACUGACGCCGCCAUGAUGGCAGAGGAACUGAAGAAGGAGCAGGACACGAGCGCCCAUCUCGAGAGGAUGAAGAAGAACAUGGAGCAGACGGUGAAGGAUCUGCAGCACAGGCUGGACGAGGCCGAGCAGAUCGCGAUGAAGGGCGGCAAGAAGCACAUUCAGAAGCUCGAGGCCAGGGUGCACGAGUUGGAGGCUGAAGUUGACGCUGGACAAAGACGGAAUUCUGAAGCCGUCAAGGGGACACGAAAGUACGAAUCCAAAAUCAAGGAACUCUCCUUUCAGGCUGAAGAAGACCGUAAGAAUUUGCUGCGUCUGCAGGAUCUGGUUGACAAGCUACAGCUUAAAGUCAAAGCUUAUAAGAGACAUUCAGAGGAAGCUGAGGAGCAAGCAAAUGUGAGCCUGUCAAAGUAUCGCACCCUGCAGCACGAGCUGGAUGAGGCUCAGGAGAGAGCUGACGUCGCCGAGUCUCAGGUCAACAAGCUGAGGGCCAAGUCUCGUGAUGUGGCCAGUCAAAAGGUGAGAGGUGAUGCUGAAGAAUAAAAACAGCGCAUGUAUUGAACUGUACCCAUUGUUAUUAUUGCAUGCCUACUAUAUUUAUGUUCUCAAAGAAUGCAGAUAUGCAGUACUUUGGUGUGAGAGGUACAGUCAUAAA